AUGGGAUCUGUGUGUUAGAAGGGGGAUGGCAUUAUCAAUUGGCCAUGCUAAAGCAAUCCGAGAGGUUCCAAUCCAAGAGCAACUUUCACGGUAAUUCCUGAGGAGGACUCCGUAAUUUACUCUUAAUAUGAUCGCUCGGUUUUUACAGCUAGCUAGUUUUAUCAGAAUCCAGAGACUCAAAGACAAACAUUAAUAUUGGGAAGUGCAAUUAGUGGGAAUAACAAACUCUAAAUCUUGAAUGUUUACUUAUCUAAAUUACUUUCGUCGCAUUCCAUUAAACUAACAAAUACAAGAAGCCAUGCAUAUGAAGUAUCUUUAACCAACAUUAAUCCUGAAGUGAGUUGCUAUUGUGAAUGGCAUCUCGAGGCAGACAAGUUGCCCAUUAGUUCUGGGGAUAAAAUAGAUUUGGUACAUGUUCUGACAGGAAGAUAUCUUCUAGCAACUGAGCUCGAUGAAGAGGGCAUAGUUUAUUGUGGGUAUGGUUCAAAUAGAUGUUGGACUAUUGAAUUUGAAGAUAACAUUUUAAAAGAUGGGGCAAUAUUUGAAUUGAAACAUAAUGAAAUUACUAAAUACUUAUCCUUCUUAAAUAAAAAAGCAUCGCUGUCACAUAAUAGGUAGGUUUGCUUAAAUGACAAUGAGGGGAAGAACAACUAUUGGAAAUUAGUUUUGAUUUAAUGA